AUAUUAUGAGCUUUCAAAGAUUUCGUAUACAAGGUCUUACUCCCUCGGAGUUACCACCGCAAGGAUUGGCAGCAUUUUCGGUGCCACCCAACACCGAUUCGGCGAAUCAACAACCAUUUUCCGACCCGUCACCUCGUCCAGGCGUUUCUUUCCGUGUUCAGUUACAAAAUGGCGGACCAAAACUCCCAUAUGGUUCCGGAGAUAUGGACGAUGGCUAUACGCUCGUCUUCCCGACUAUCGAUGCCUUCCAAGCAUGGCGCGCCCAAGAGGAGGAGGUGAAGGUGGUCGAAUUCGUGAAAGGGGAUACCCAUAUAUCGAAAGCCGUCCCACCGCGGUUCAAGGAACAUACGAAACUGGUUUGCGCGCGACAUAAUCGCAGUGGCCGCAAGAAGUACGUCAAGAAAUUUCCCGAGCGAAAACGCAAAGUCCCGAGCAGAAAGAUCGAAGGUACAGGCUGUCCUGCAUCUAUCAGUUACAAGACCUAUCACGACUCUCCGGAAGUUCGAGUAAUGUACAUCUCGGAUCAUUCGCACGAAAUCGGACCAGCCAACCUCCCAUUCACAAGAAAGGGUCGGAAAAUUAUAAAUGCCCGCAGUAAGAGCAAUGUCGGCGAGCGAGGAAUCGUUGCUCUUGCGGAUACAGCAAGUGCGCCAGCGAGCGCUUCUGGCCCGUCGACCGGGCCUUCCUCCGCCAUAUCCAUGAUUGCUCCCCUUCCACACAUCGCACCCGCUCCUCCAACCACACCUGUAGCUGCACUGGCCGGCACUGAAGAACGGUGGGACCGAAUCGGCGUGCUCUUCCAGAGCAUUAGAGAGAGGGCUCGUGAUUUCAACUUUCCAGCAGAAUCUGUUCAUGCUCUAGAGAGUGUGUUGAUCCGCAUGUAUCUGGAGAGUCCGGUUGCGUCAAGCGCACCACAUCCCAGCGAUGGCGGAGUUGGGCCCGGUGAGGACCCUUAGCUUGGGCCGUGCGAUAUCGUAUCUGUAGUCUAUAAUUCAC